ACGUACACAAUAUUAAUUCCAUACUAUUCAACACGCCAAAAUGCCACCAAUUCGCAAUAAAAAUAAGAAAGAUUUAGCUGAGCAAGAAGGACGAAUCUUAUUAGCUAUUUCCGAUUUACAAAAUGGACGAAUCUUGCGCGUGGCUCGAGCUGCAAGGAUUUACAGUAUACCCCGGGCGACUCUACAAGACAGAUUAAACGGCACUCAACAAAGAUCUCAAGUUCGCGCCAACAGCCAUAAAUUAACUCAGUGUGAGGAGGAAUCGCUUGUCGAAUGGAUACUGGAUUUAGAUAAACGUGGAUUACCCCCUCGACACUCUCUUGUACGAGAGAUGGCCGAUUAUCUUCUUUCGCAACGCGGAAACCGCCGGGUUGGAGAGAAUUGGGUAUAUAACCUUGUCAAACGUCGCCCAGAGAUUGAAUCAAAGUUCUCACGGAAAUAUAACUAUGAACGUGCUAAGUGCGAAGAUCCGAAGAUAAUCCAAGAGUAUUUUGAUCGCGUACGAGAGGUUAUAUUAGAGUAUGGGAUCUUGCCAGAAGAUAUCUACAAUUUUGAUGAGACUGGCUUUGCUAUGGGACUCUGUGCGACUGCAAAGGUUAUCACUGGAAGCGAUCGAUAUGCUCGGCCAAAGCUAUUACAGCCUGGUAACCAAGAAUGGCCUCUUGAUGUUAGCUGUUUUGCUGUUUUAAAGCGAGAAUAUGGACAGCUUAUUGAGCAGCAAAUGAGGCUUGGAUUCAAUCACAUUGACAAAAUCGACUUUCUCACUGCAUUCCCGAAGGCUCGUACGAUGGCAUAUAAAGCUCAAACUGUUCGGAAUAGCUUUAUGGCAACUGGAUUAGUACUAUUCAAUCCAGAUUGA